AUGCGAGAAAAAAAUGAAGAGGAAGGAAUGAGAAUGAAAGAAAAAGGGUCAAAAGUAAAGGAAAGAAUUGAAAGAAAAUGGCAAAGGGAAAGAAUCGUAGAGAGAAAAAAUGAAGGUAAGAGAAAUGGUAAAAGGAAUAGUAAAGGGAAAAAUGAAGCGAAGAGAAAGAAUGAAAAGGAGAAUAAAAGAAAAGAAGAGGUGAGCGAAAAAGAAAAAGUGAAAAGGAAAGAACAAAGAGAACAACGAAAGAAAAGAACAAUGGAAGAAAAGAACAAGAAAAUAAAAGG